AUGGCUUUAGAAUUCAUUUUCUGUUUGGAAUACCAGGGAGUGACAGAUGUGCUGUGCGAAGCCUGUGAUCAGUUGGGAUGGAAGGUACCUACUAAGAUCCAAGUGGAGGCUCUUCCAGUUGCACUUCAAGGUCGGGACAUCAUUGGCUUAGCAGAAACAGGAUCGGGGAAAACAGGGGCUUUUGCUUUGCCCAUUCUUCAGGCACUGCUAGAGACCCCUCAGCGCUUCUUUGCUUUGGUGCUGACACCGACCCGGGAGCUAGCCUUUCAGAUCUCAGAGCAGUUUGAGGCUCUUGGAUCAUCCAUUGGUGUCCAGACCACUGUGAUUGUUGGAGGAAUUGACAUGAUGGCCCAGUCUCUGGCUCUGGCCAAGAAGCCACAUGUAAUAAUUGCUACACCUGGCCGCCUGAUAGACCACCUGGAGAACACAAAAGGCUUCAAUUUGAGAGCUCUGAAGUACCUGGUUAUGGAUGAAGCUGACCGGAUUCUCAACAUGGACUUUGAGACUGAGGUAGAUAAGAUCCUGAAAGUGAUUCCCAGAGACAGGAAAACAUUUCUGUUUUCUGCUACAAUGACUAAAAAGGUUCAAAAACUCCAGCGUGCAGCUCUUAAGGACCCUGUGAAAUGUGCAGUUUCAUCCAAAUAUCAGACAGUUGAGAAACUGCAGCAGUACUAUAUCUUUAUCCCUUCCAAGUUCAAGGAUAGUUACCUAGUAUAUAUUCUGAAUGAACUUGCUGGCAACUCAUUCAUGAUAUUCUGCAGCACUUGCAAUAAUACCCAAAGGACGGCCCUCCUGCUUCGGAAUCUGGGUUUCACUGCUAUUCCCCUCCACGGACAGAUGAGUCAGAACAAACGAUUGGGGUCACUGAACAAGUUCAAAGCAAAAACACGAUCCAUUCUGCUAGCCACUGAUGUUGCCAGCAGAGGCCUGGAUAUACCCCAUGUUGAUGUUGUGAUUAACUUUGACAUUCCAACCCAUUCCAAGGAUUACAUUCAUCGGGUGGGGAGAACUGCUCGGGCAGGGCGCUCUGGCAAGUCAAUCACCUUUGUCACACAGUACGACGUGGAGCUCUUCCAGCGUAUUGAGCACCUGAUUGGUAAGAAGCUGCCUGCCUUCCCCACUGAAGAGGAAGAAGUUAUGAUGCUGACGGAGCGUGUGGCUGAAGCACAGAGGUUUGCUCGCAUGGAGUUGCGGCAGCAUGAGGAAAAGAAGAAACGUUCUCGAGACGAGGCCAAUGAAGAGGAUGAUGCAGAGGGAGCAUUGGGUGUCAGGAACAAAGUUGCUGGUGGGAAAAAGAAGAAACGGAAACCUUAAGAAGUGAAUUCCACCAGACUUUAUUUCUCUGUGGUUUUUGGAUUAUGGGAGCCAUCAAGCUGACCUUCUGGCGCUAGUCCGGAGAAUGAGACAUUUCUUCCUCCACCACCACUAGAAGAUCUGACAGUCCAGUCUCCCAGAUGUAAUCCAGAAAUGAUUUUAUUGCUUACCUGAAAAUUUUCUCCUGAUACUGAAAAUGCCUUAGUUUUACAGCCUGCUGUUGUUCUGCUGACCACAAGAUGGCAGAGGAGAGCAGAUUUUGAAAGCUUUUUCUAGGCCCUGAAAUUGAAUAUGUACCACAAAACCUUUUCAGCCUGUUACCUCCCAAGAUAUGAAGACAGACUUUUAUAUCCACUAACCUUUGUGAAAAUACAAUUGGCAAAAUUUGGUAAAUAAGCAAAUAAAGCAAUCAUGAAGAUUUCAUAAGGUGUUAAUAUGGAAGAUGAUAUCCAAUAGUGAGGUUGUUGCUUUUUUGAAAGGAGGGACUAUGUAGAUAGUGGAAAUCCUUAUUCCCCCAGAAUUGAAAAAAGGAAAGCUACAUAAACCAAAGGUGUAUUUCAUUA